AUGCACAUUGAUUCUCAAAAUUUAUUACCAACUCCUGUCCCAUUUCCAAAGCAACCGUUGGAUAGUGGAACUCCUCAUAGAAAAAAAGACAGAUUCGAACGCAAAGAAUAUGAAGUGGAUGCGGUCAUUACGCAAACAACUUCAUCCAGAACAAAUUUGUUAGUAAAGAAAAUUGCAAACAUCUUUGAAACUGUCCUGUGCUAA